CUGUGUAACCUCCUUGCUGCCCAAGAUGGUGAAGCUGGAUAUACACACGCUAGCUCAUCACCUCAAGCAGGAGCGACUGUAUGUGAACUCAGAAAAGCAACUCAUUCAAAGGCUCAACGCAGACGUCCUGAAGACUGCUGAAAAGCUGUACCGCACAGCAUGGAUUUCCAAGCAGCAAAGGAUUAACUUGGACAGACUGAUCAUAACAAGUGCUGAAGCUUCUGCUGCUGAAUGUUGCCAGCAUGCUAAAAUCUUGGAGGACACGCAGUUUGUGGAUGGAUAUAAGCAGUUGGGAUUUCAGGAGGCUGCUUACGGAGAAUUCCUAAACAGAUUGAGAGAGAACCCUAGGCUUAUUGCAUCCUGCCUGGUUGCUGGAGAGAAGCUCAACCAGGACAACACUCAGAGCGUCAUUCACACGGUCUUUACCUCCAUUUAUGGCAACUGCAUCAUGCAGGAGGAUGAGAGCUACCUCCUCCAGGUCCUCCGGUACUUGAUUGAAUUUGAACUCAAGGAAAGCGACAACCCGAGGCGGCUGUUGAGACGAGGCACCUGUGCCUUCAGCAUCUUAUUCAAACUUUUCUCUGAAGGACUCUUUUCUGCAAAACUUUUUCUUACUGCAACUUUACAUGAGCCAAUCAUGCAGCUUCUGGUUGAAGAUGAAGACCACCUGGAAACUGAUCCAAACAAGUUAAUUGAGAGAUUCUCCCCAGCACAGCAGGAAAAGUUAUUUGGAGAGAAAGGCACAGAAAAGUUCAAGCAGAGAGUCCAAGAGAUGGUUGACUCCAAUGAGGCCAAGCUGGUGACCUUGGUGAACAAAUUUAUUGGUUAUCUCAAACAAAAUACUUACUGUUUUCCUCACAGCUUGAGAUGGAUUGUGUCACAAAUGUACAAAACGCUCUCGUGUGUAGACAGGCUGGAGGUUGGGGAGGUCAGAGCAAUGUGCACAGAUCUUCUUCUAGCAUGUUUCAUCUGUCCUGCAAUUGUUAACCCAGAACAGUAUGGGAUCAUUUCUGAUGCUCCUAUAAAUGAGGUGGCAAGAUUUAAUCUGAUGCAGGUUGGGAGACUUCUGCAGCAGUUGGCAAUGACAGGCUCUGAAGAGGGAGAUCCACGCACGAAGAGCAACCUUGCUAAAUUUGACAAAAGCUGUGUGGCUGCUUUCCUGGAUGUAGUUAUUGAUGGGCGUGCGGUUGAAACACCUCCCAUGUCUGCUGUUAACCUUCUGGAGGGGCUGAGUAGAACAGUAGUUUACAUGACGUACAGCCAGCUGACUACUCUGGUUGGCUUUAUGCGGAAUGUAAUGUCAAGCGAUCAACUUAAGGAAGAUCGGAUGGCGUUGGAAAACUUGCUGGCAAACCUACCCCAGAACAAACCAGGGAAAAGCAGCAGCCUGGAAAUGACUCCGUAUAAUACCCCACAACUUUCUCCUGCAACUACUCCAGCUAACAAAAAAAAUCGAUUACCAAUAGCAACUCGUAGCAGAAGUAGAUCAAAUAUUUUAAUGGAUCAGCACGGAGAUCAUGAAGGAUCAUCCCAGGAGACUAUCCCAGAAGUUCAGCCAGAAGAAGUGCUGGUGAUUUCUUUGGGGACAGGUCCACAGAUUACUCCAGGAAUGAUGUCAGAAAAUGAGGUCUUAAAUAUGCAGCUUGCAGAUGGCGGACAAGGAGAUGUCCCAGUUGAUGAAAACAAACUCCAUGGUCCUUCAAAUCGCUCCAACUCUGUGUCAUCUUUGGAUUUAGAAGCGGAAUCAGUGUCAGAGCUUGGCGCAGGCCCCUCCGGGAGCAACGGUGUUGAAGCUCUGCAGCUGUUAGAGCACGAACAAGCCACAACUCAGGAUAAUCUCGAUGACAAGCUCCGUAAAUUUGAAAUCCGUGACAUGAUGGGAUUGACUGAUGACAGAGAUAUAUCAGAAACUGUGAGCGAAACUUGGAGUACAGAUGUCUUGGGAAGUGACUUUGAUCCAAAUAUCGAUGAAGAUCGUUUGCAAGAAAUAGCAGGUGCAGCUGCAGAGAACAUGCUAGGCAGCUUGCUGUGUUUACCAGGUUCAGGAUCCGUGUUGCUUGAUCCCUGCACAGGUUCAACUAUAUCAGAAACCACAAGUGAGGCGUGGAGUGUGGAAGUGUUACCAAGUGAUUCAGAGGCCCCAGACUUAAAGCAGGAGGAAAGACUACAAGAACUGGAGAGCUGUUCUGGGCUGGGUAGCACAUCUGAUGACACGGAUGUGAGGGAGGUCAGUUCUCGACCCAGCACACCAGGCCUCAGCGUUGUAUCAGGUAUUAGUGCAACAUCUGAAGAUAUUCCCAAUAAGAUUGAGGAUCUCAGGUCUGAAUGUAGCUCUGACUUUGGGGGAAAAGAUUCUGUGACAAGUCCUGAUGUGGAUGAAACGGCCCAUGGAGCCAGUCAGUUGACAUCUCCUCCUUCUCAGACAGAUUCUUUACUUGCAUUGUUUGACCCUCUGUCAUCAAAUGAGGGUGCAUCAGCCGUAGUAAGGCCUAAAGUACACUAUGCAAGACCCUCCCAUCCACCACCGGAUCCACCGAUCUUGGAAGGAGCUAUGGGGGGUAAUGAGGCCCGAUUACCAAACUUCGGCUCUCACAGUUUAAUUCCAGCUGAUUUAGAAGCAUUCAAGCAGAGGCAUUCUUACCCAGAAAGGCUAGUCCGCAGCAGGAGCUCAGAUAUCGUAUCAUCAGUGCGGAGACCUAUGAGUGAUCCUGGGUGGAACAGGCGUCCGGGUAAUGAGGAGAGGGAGCUUCCCAUGCCCACCAACACUGGAGCAGCUGUUCUAGUGGCUGCAUCUCAGUCAUCAUCUUCAUCUCCCAGCAAAGACUCCUCUAGGGGAGAGAUUGAAGACCGAAAAGACAGUGAUGAUGAGAAGUCUGACAGAAACAAGCCCUGGUGGAGGAAACGUUUUGCAUCUGCCAUGCCCAAAGCUCCUAUUCCAUUUAGAAAGAAAGAAAAACAAGAAAAAGACAAAGAUGACAUGGUGCCUGACAGAUACUCAGCACUUCAAGAUGAUCCCAGCCCAAGGCUCAGUGCGCAGGCCCAAGCUGCGGAGGACAUUCUGGACAAGUACAGGAAUGCAAUUAAGCGAAGCAGUCCCAGUGAAGGAGCUCUAGUAAACUAUGAUGGUGCAGAGGCUAUUGGGGAUGGUGAGAGUAUGCAUGACUCUCCACGUGAUGAGGCUUUGCAGAACAUGUCUGCAGAUGAUCUCCCAGACUCUGCAAGUCAAGUAGCACAGCCACAAAGUUCGGCUUUCUCCUACAGGGAUGCAAAGAAGAAAUUGAGAUUGGCUCUUUGUUCAGCAGAUUCUGUUGCCUUCCCGAUGCUGACACAUUCGACAAGGAACGGUCUGCCAGAUCACACAGACCCUGAAGAUAAUGAAAUCGUGUGCUUCUUGAAAGUUCAGCUAGCUGAAGCUAUUAACCUCCAAGACAAGAACCUGAUGGCUCAGCUGCAAGAGACGAUGCGAUGUGUAAGCCGUUUCGAUAACAGGACGUGUCGAAAGCUGCUGGCGUCUAUUGCGGAAGACUAUAGGAAAAGAGCUCCGUAUAUCGCUUAUUUAACUCGAUGUCGCCAAGGCCUGCAAACGACACAAGCACACUUGGAAAGGCUGUUGCAGAGAGUUCUGCGAGAUAAAGAAGUGGCCAACAGAUACUUCACUACAGUAUGUGUGAGGUUACUGCUAGAGAGCAAAGAAAAGAAAAUCAGGGAGUUUAUUCAAGAUUUCCAGAAGCUCACAGCAGCAGAUGAUAAAACAGCCCAAGUUGAGGAUUUUCUUCAGUUCCUGUAUGGGGCUAUGGCUCAGGAUGCCAUAUGGCAGAAUGCCAGUGAAGAACAGCUUCAGGACGCACAAUUAGCUAUAGAACGCAGUGUAAUGAAUCGUAUUUUCAAACUUGCCUUCUACCCUAAUCAGGAUGGAGAUAUUUUGCGUGACCAGGUCCUUCAUGAGCACAUACAGAGGUUAUCUAAAGUAGUGACUGCAAACCAUAAAGCACUUCAGAUACCUGAGGUGUAUCUCCGGGAGGCACCGUGGCCAUCUGCACAGUCUGAAAUCCGCACAAUAAGCGCUUAUAAAACCCCCCGAGACAAAGUACAGUGUAUCCUGCGAAUGUGUUCGACCAUCAUGAACCUGCUUAGUCUGGCAAAUGAAGAUUCAGUACCUGGGGCAGAUGAUUUUGUUCCUGUUCUGGUCUUCGUCCUCAUAAAGGCAAAUCCACCUUGCUUGCUGUCCACUGUUCAGUACAUCAGUAGUUUCUAUGCCAACUGUUUAUCUGGAGAAGAAUCCUACUGGUGGAUGCAGUUCACAGCAGCAGUUGAAUUCAUUAAAACUAUCGAUGAUCGCAAGUAACUCAAACAGCACGCGUAUGGGCAGACUGUUAGCAGAAGAAGAGUAUGAAAGAAUGUACAACAGCUGCAAAAGCUGAAGAAGGGACUUUCCUUGUAUAAUACUGUACAGAACUGAGGCAUUUUAAAACACACCUUUACUAAUCAAAUUAAUUUAACAGAUUUUCCUCUUCUCUUUUGGUUGCGUUUUCUCUCCCCUAUAGAUACUGGCACUGCAAAAGGGACCACAGUUUUCAGGUAUUUUGGAAUCUCAAAAACAUGCAGAAAAUUCUUCAUGCUUUUCCACCACCCCUCUUCCUGAAUUCUUACUCACGUGAAUAGUUCACUUCAUUUAAUUUCGAAUACAAAAUUGAAACAAGAAGAAUCAGGGCAACCACUUUCUAGCUUAAUACACCUUUUAUUAUGACACCCCAGCCACACUGAAAGUUUGUAGUAGCUGACAUUAUCAAUUGUAUUUCACCUAAAUUUAAAACCUGAGAGGACAGUGUAAAUAUUAUAUAACUAUAUUUAAUGCAUUGCGAUUAUCUUUGGACUUGUGAUCCUUUGAAUAAACAAACAAAAGCCUCUCUGACCUCUAACAGGUUGUGACAUACUGUGUUUUGGUAGUGAAAGGACUUCCUCAAAAGGCUGAGAUUAAAAAAGGGCAAACUGAACUAUUUAUUAAAAUGUAAUUAAGAUUACUGAAAUUUCUAAAACUGGAAUUUAUAGUAGACAGGGCUUAUUAGAUAGCUGAACACUUUUGGCUAGGGCAUUAGGGUGUUCUGCAGGUUUGGAUAUGUAGAGGAGAGGGACUGUAAGUUACAAUAGAUAAGUCUAAUAUAAAAAACGAGAAAUAAAAUACCUUACUGUAAUAUUUUUUUCUGAAAUAUUGUGUAUACUGUACAAACCCCAAACAGAGAUCCUUAACAGAACCUUGGACUGUAAUAUAUAUUUUGAUUAGUGACAUUAAAUGCAUAUGCCAGGGGUUUCAGUGAAUGUUUUUACUAAAUGUUCUUCGUGUUGUCUGCUAUGCAGCAGUGCAAGUUUUACUGUUCAUAUAAAAUAUUUUAAAAUAUAACACUGUUCUUUAUGAAACAUAUCAUGACAUCAGUUCAGGGUGUUUUAUAGAUUUCUCACCCCACCUUUCCCUUAAACUGACAAUUAUCAAUUUAAAGAAGUUUUUAUGCACAACGCCACAUGGAUUUUUCGUGAGCGAGAUGGUCUGAGUGAUGGCCAGUGGUUGUUAUCUGUACAUAAACACUUGCUGUUCUUUUUUAGCUAGAAUUACAGUGAAAAAAGAACAGCGAGCAUUUAACUUUUUCAUGUCAGUAUUAUUUCUUGCUCUUCCCAGAGUGUUCAUUGCACUUCUGACAGAGGGAUGUGUUAAGACUUGGUGUCUCUGAGUGGUAAAGAAAACAGAAUCUUACUCACAUUCUUUUCAAAAUAUGAAUGAUUAUUUGUGUGUGUGUGUGUGUGCGCGUGUGCAUUUUGAUGAUGAAAACCUGUAAGCAACUAGUACUUGGGAAGAUCAUUUGGUUAAUUGAAAUUAGAGCAAUUUAUGUAAAAUAUCAAGUGCUUGAUUUGGCUGUGCUACUUAUCAAGGCAUAAUUAAAGAAACUUACUUUCUAGGACUCUAAUAUGUAAUUCACUAGAGCAUUUUUGCCAAACUAAUCACAGGUGAGAGGGUGGGAUAGUAACUUUUUUCUUUUAUUUAUAGUCUUUCUCCUCUAUUAGGGACUUGAUUGUGUGGAGGAGCAAUACUUGGUAGAAACAAAAUUCUUCUGAUCUGCCUUACUGUGGUAACUCAGUCUGUGUAGCGUUGCAAUAUUCUAGUUCUUUAGCCUUGAUGGGUUUUUGGUGCUGAACACGUAACUUAAUAUUGCAAGCACAGCCCUGACCAAUAACACUCAGCAGCGAAGCACAAGUCUGCCCUUGAAGAUAUGGCCAGAUCAUAUCUAAAAGCAAUAUAAAUUUAUUUAUAUUGAAGUGUCCUGUAAUAUUUAAUUAUUACUUGAAUAUCUGGGAUGUUAAGACGGAUGUAUGAAAGUUCUCUUAGUCCUGUGGUUUGGGUUUUGGUUGAGGAGAGUAUUUGUACAACCCUGAAAGAAGGCACAAAGACACUGAAGUCGGUAGUGACCCUGUUCGCAGACUUGGCAAGCGGGGUGUGAUCAGCACCAUCAGAUCUUUCAGAUUUUCUCUCCUUUAUGGAAGGGGCAAGAACCAUUUCCUUCACCAUUUUUAUCACUUUGUUUUUCUGUGUAGAAAAAUGUUUAAAAGAACUGGAGUC